AGUGUGUAUGUAUGUAUGUAUGUUACUUCACGUACAAACGAAAUCUUGUUUUGAGUUGGUCCAGUGUCGCUCCGUGACUAGAAUUUCAGUCAAUUUUAUACGUCGCUCUCUUGUAGCUCGCCGGAAAGAAAACAAUUAAUUAAACUAUGUCACCGCUUGUAUUAUAUUACUUUGCUCCAAGUGCACCUUGCCGUAUUGCGCUAAGCACCAUCAGAUGUUUGGACUUGGAUGUUGAGCUUCGUAUCGUUGAUCUAUUUAAAAAAGAGCAACUCCAAGAAGAAUUUGUGAAAUUAAAUCCGCAACACACGGUACCAACGCUGGUCGACGAUGGGUUUGUUUUGAUUGAAUCGCGAGCCAUUGCCAUUUAUUUGAUUGAAAAGAACUUCCAAAGUGGGCAUUCAUUGUAUCCCAAAGAUGCAAAGGAACGAGCAUUGAUCAAUCAAAAAUUGCAAUUCGAUUGUGGUACUCUUUAUCCACGGAUUCGUGCGGUGUGUUUGCCCAUUUUAUUUGGUGGACAAACGAAAAUCUCCGACGAUAAUCGUCAAAAACUGUUUGAUGCCGUUGAAUUUUUAAAUACAUUCCUCGAGGGCAAGACAUAUGUGGCUGGCAGUGAACAACCAACCAUUGCUGACUUAUCCAUUUUCACUUCGAUAGCCAAUAUUGUCGAACUUGGUGCUGACUUAAGCAAGUAUCCGAAUGUUGUUAGCUGGUAUGAAACGUGCAAACAAUUGCCAGGCAGUGCCGAGAAUGUUGUUGGUGCUAAAGAGUUUGCUGGUAAAAUUACGAGUCUAUGGCAGGAUAAGCUUUAAAAAUUCCUGAUAGAGUAAAAAAAAAUGUUUCACGGUGAUCAACUUUCAAUUAGAACAUUUAUUUCAAUACAAAGACAUCGUUUAGGUUGUAUUCAAUGAAUUGAUACAAUUUUCCU